UACGGUAUUCCACAGCUAUUGCAGUGGAGCAGAGGAGCUUGACGGAUGUAGAGAUACAGAAGAGGAAGAGAGAAGACUGAGGGAAGCACAGACUGCUGGAAAUCCUGACUUCAGCAGCAGCCUAAUUUUCACCACAACAAAGGAUCUUCAUGAUGCUGAGGAAGGGAUCGGAGCAGCUCAGGGGAGACAGAGAGGUCCUCCUGGAUCUGGACACCAGGACUGAAGCACAAACCACAGACAGCUAUGGGAGUCUGCAGAAUGGGGGCUUCAUCCCACCAAGAUAUUUUUUUGCAGCAAAUGCUGAUGAAGACACAGGUGGUGAUGAUCCCAUUUAUGCUCACUGUUACACAAAAAGUGACCAACCAGUUUCUCAGCUGGGGAAUUACUUCAGAGAUGGAAGAACCAAAAUUGACUUUGUCCUGGUGUGGGAGGUUCGCUCACGUAGGAAGCGACGAGGAAAGGGGAAGUACGAGGUGACCACCGAAGAGGGGGAGACGGUUCCUACUGAGGAAAACAGCAGGUCUGAGCGAAGGAAAGCAGAGCUGGCACAGUGGAGGGAGAAGUUUGUUCAGAAUCUGGAAAGUGUUGGACUGGUCAUGGAAAAGGAAGAAACAGCAAAUGAAAAGAAAACAAUCCAUUUCCUUAAAAUUAGUGCCCCAUGGGAUGUGUUGGUGUGCUAUGCUGAGGAACUUUGCCUUAGAGCUCCGUUACAGGCACAACCACAUCUGGACCUGAACACAUCAUCUCGGGUACUGAGUCGACUAUGCAUACCUAACGCAAUGAUGGAGUCAGUGCCAAACCGGCCGCUGGACUAUUACACAUGUGCCUUCCGUAAGUCAAAGAUGAGCAGAUUCCUUGGCUGUGGAGACCAUGGAACAUACUUCAGUAACACACAGAGACACCGUGUUGUGUAUGAGAUUCUCUCCAGGACAGUGUAUGGCAAAAGGAAGAGGGCUGAGGUUGGUGUUGACAGGCUGGUGAAUGAGGGGGCCUACACAGCAGCUUUCCCCCUGCAUGAGGGUCCUUUCCAGCUUCCAAAAUAUGAGAUUCGCCCUGAAGAGCUGAACCAGAGGCAGGUUCUGUACCACUACUGGGCCCGCUGGUGCAAAUGGUACAAGUAUCAACCACUAGACCACAUCAGGGAGUACUUUGGAGAGAAAAUUGCACUCUACUUUGCCUGGCUGGGUUUCUACACAGCCUGGCUGCUGCCAGCUGCAGUAGUUGGAACCCUGAUCUUUGUGUCUGGAGUCAUGUCCAUGGGUAACAACACACCAGCAAAGGAAAUCUGUAGCAGUGGAGCUAGUUAUCAGAUGUGUCCACUCUGUAAAACAUGUCAGGCCUGGAACAUGUCUGAAAUCUGCACUAUGGCUAAGUUGGGCUAUUUGUUCGACCACCCAGGUACAGUGUUCUUCAGUGUGUUCAUGUCCUUCUGGGCUGUAACCUUUCUGGAGUACUGGAAGCGGAAGAUGGCCACUCUGGCCCAUCACUGGGACUGCAUGGACUUCCAUGAAGAAGAGGAGCGUCCUCGGCCAGAAUUUGCAGCCAUGGCCCCAACUAUGGAGCAAAAUCCAGUGACCGGGGUCAAGGAGCCCUACUUUCCAGAAAAGACCAGGCUGUCUCGCAUGUUCACUGGCUCCAUGGUCAUCAUAAUGAUGCUGUGUGUCGUGAUGAUCUUCCUGGUGACAGUGGUCAUGUGCCGUGGUAUCAUCAGCGUGAUGAUGUUCCAUACUGGGAGCCCUGUGCUGCGUACAGAGGCAGGCACCAUAGCAAACAUCUCCAGCAGUAUUGUAAAUCUGGGUCUGAUCCUGCUGAUGGGGCGUGUCUACACUGCUUUAGCUGAACAGCUCACUAAAUGGGAGAUGCACCGAACACAAACCCAGUAUGACAAUGCUUUCAUCUUCAAGGUGUUCAUCUUCCAGUUUGUCAACUUCUACUCAUCUCCUUUCUAUGUUGCUUUCUUUAAAGGAAGGUUUGUGGGCUACCCUUCAAACUAUGGAACCCUGUUUGGGAUGAGAAAUGAAGACUGUGGUCCUGGCGGUUGCCUCAUUGAGCUGGCUGAACAGCUCUUCAUCAUAAUGGUGGGAAAACAGCUCAUCAACAACAUUCAGGAGUUCAUUAUCCCUAAAGUAAAGGCCUGGCACCAGAAGAGAACUUUGGCCAAGGUUAUUGGGAGUAAGGUAUCCCAUGAGCCUCGGCGCUGGGAGGAAGACUACCAGCUGGUGGAGUGCGAGGGCCUGUUUGAAGAAUACCUGGAGAUGGUGCUCCAGUUUGGGUUCAUUACCAUCUUCGUGGCAGCAUUCCCCCUCGCUCCGCUCUUUGCCCUCCUCAAUAACUGGGUGGAGAUCCGUCUGGAUGCCCACAAGUUUGUGUGUGAAUAUCGCCGUCCGGUGGCUGAGCGAGCUCAAAAUAUUGGAGUCUGGUUCAACAUACUGGAAGCCCUGUCCCACCUGUCUGUCAUAGCUAAUGCUUUCCUAAUAGCUUUCACAUCAGAUUUUUUACCUCGUCUGCUCUACCAGUACAAGUUUGAUAAUGAUCUCAAUGGAUAUGUCAACUUUACCUUGGCUUAUGCUCCACUAAAUUACACUGAGUACCCCAUGUGCAGAUAUAAAGCUUUCAGAGACAACAAUGGAAGCUACACACUGUUCUACUGGGAACUCCUUGCUGUCAGACUUGGUUUUAUCAUUGCAUUUGAGCAUGUCGUCUUCUUUGUACUGCGAGCCAUUGACUGGAUUGUACCUGAUGUCCCUGAGUCCCUGGAGCUCAAGAUCAAGAGGGAGCGUUUCCUGGCUAAGCAAGCGCUGGCUGAAAACCAGGAGGCCCUGUUGGUGAGUCGAGGCCGAGGGGCCAACCCUGAAACUCCAGGCACCUCCAGCCCAGCUUAGAAUGAGCCCUUCAUAUCAACAUAAGGAGUGGAUCUUCUUCCAUGGAACCCACCAUGUUUCUACAGUAGCCCAGAAAGGACAAACCAAACACUGGCUGUAGAGAAGACCAGUGAAGCCACUUGAGAUUCCCCCACACAUUUAGAGAGGGAAGGGUAUUUAGUUAGUUGAAAUUUGCAACCUCACCACCAGAAGCCAGUGAAUGUAACACGCUGCUUCUUUAACAAAAGGGCAAAAUUUGAUUACAAGGGUUUCACAAUCCAGGAAAUGUGUCAGAAAGUGACAUGACUGCAAAACUCACAGAGGAGUUGAUUUGAUAAGAAUACAUCCAUAUAGUAGUGAAGAGAAUAAAUAUUAUUCUUCCAUGUUAGUGUCAUGAUACCUGCCCUAAGUACCCCUAUCACAUUACAGGUGUUCUGCAGUAUGUUGGUCCACUCAAGUGGCCCAUGUCACAACACACCUGGUAAUGGUAAAUCUGCCACUGACAACAAUUCCCAUAAAUUAAUUACACAAGGCUUUAAAAAGCUCACCCACGCUCCUCCACGGAGAGUCUCCAAACCACCUGCGGCUCGAAUAGUUGCCAUAAACUCCCUACACUACACACAACAUGAUCAUUAAAGGCAAUUUGUGUGGGAUCAGUUCCAAAUGUAUCGGUGUCAGGUGGUUUUGAUUACAUCCAUAGACCUUGUGAGCUGACGUCUGUUGGCAUAGUUUGCUAUUUCCUCUGUCAACACUCCUGCUGAUGUUUAACUUGAUGGAAAUGAGGUCACAGGAAUAAUAUGACAAGUCAAGAACAGGUAGUAGUCUGAGAUUCAUAUUUUAUGUACUGUACGUUCACUCCAGAUGGAGAACACAGACCCAUAGUGUGUGUAUAUUCAUCCUCACCUGUGUGUGUGUCCCUGUGCUCUGACUCAUGCUGUUGUCAUGUCGCUCAUGUCCUGAGUAUUGCUGGAUAAGGACAGCAAGCGACGCGUCCUUUGGAAACAUGAGUUAAGAGUUCACCAUGGAAAAGGAAUGGUUGGAGGGAAUUCUGGAGGAAUAAAAGAAGCUCUUUUGCAUCUGGGAUAGCACAAGUGAACUUUUUCCCUGAGUGGAAUAUUGUUUCUGAACUGGGAUUAUGUUAUGUUUUAUUAAUGUAAAUGCUGCUGCUCAGACUUUCUGAUAAGCAGGUGUGUAAUGGAGGCUGAACUCGCCUCAGUUUGCUCACCUUCUUUGUUAGGGAGAACACAUUUCACCAACAUUACUAGGUUUCUAUCUUGCAUUGCUCAGGUAUUUUAGGAUUACCAGAAUGUGAUAUGAUUUCACUGGAGAAGGGCAUGUAUUUAGAAAUACAUAAAUAUAUUUAAGAAAAAAUGAACAAGCAAAGCACAUCUGUGUCAGAAUGUUUGCAUUGAUAUCGGCUGCCUAAGGUGCAAACUGAAUUUUACAAAACUCUAAGACCUGCCAUAGUGUUCAUCAGUGAGUGGACCCAAGACCUAGAAGUAUUAAACUGAUGUCAUAAAUCUGAAAAACCUGUCUUAUUUUAUAGUAUCACAUUAUGACAUGUUAACAUUUGAUGACAUUGUCAACCAAAGAAAAAGGAUCUGCGUUUACUGUUACUUCAUUUCUUUUCAUAAAGUUGCGAAGUAGGAGGAGUUAUUUUGGAGGCUAGUAGAAGUGAACAUCUAAUUCCACGUCAGUGUGGCCCUGUUCAGACAUGGGAUACGUAACAUUGGUGUCUUCAUGCAUCUGUUACAGUGAUGUUAUUCGGACACUUUCACUUUAACGAUCCUUCAUUCACCACAACAGUGACACAGAAAGCUAAGGUACAUCCUUGAUAUUUGCCAUACACAUGAGUCUGGACAGUCAGUAUGUCGCCAUCUUGUACGUGCCCAUCUGUUAAUGCAACUGCAUGCAGUUCAGACUUAUGUUGAAAUGUUACCAUGUCCGGCCUACUAAGAUUGUGCUGUGACUUGUUAUGGAAAAGUGCUUUUUCAGCAUGAAGCCAACACUUUCAGAUUGUAUCAGAUUAAUGGAAAGGACUGCAUGUCUGAAUGGGCCUUCUGUAACACAAGCUUUCUGUUCAACUUUGUAAAGAAGCUGAGAUUAAAGUGAUUUCUACGCCGAGAUCCUCCACAGCCACAGAAGACAUUAAACAACUGAUUGUGCAGGAAAGAAAAUGUUUAUCAGUGAAGACAGCCAGUGCCCCAGUGGUUGUUUUGCAUGGCAAAUCCUUAAGGCUAUCACUGACUUAAGGUCAAGGUAGACCUUCUUUUUCCCAUAACUGAUAGUGUAAGAUAACAAAGGGCCAACAGGUUUUUUUUUGUUGUUUAUUUGCUUUACCUGUUAAUUCAUAAAAGGCUGUGAUUGUGAGCUGACAGUAUUAACACACGUUUUCACUACAGAAAACAUCUGCAAACAUGUACAACUUCGUCUGCAAUGUAUAUGAACAUACAAUACACAUCUGUAUAGUGUACAUGUUUACUGUCUAUCAAUGCUAAGCAUGCUAGUCUUUUCUACUACAAUGCCCAGUAUUCACAUGUAAGAUUUUAGAGAGUAACUAAUGUAUAGUACUGUAAAGAGUGAGAUAGUACCUCAGCAUAGGUCAUUAAUAAAUCUAGUUUGAUGAAUGCAAAUGCCACAUCAGCAUGGGGUUAUGAAAAAUGUCUCUCAGCUGCCGGAUAUUGUAUUUGGUGUGGAGUUAGAGAUGAACUUUAACAUAAAUCAUUCUGCUUCAUCUA